AUGAGCUGGGCCGGAGCGGCGCAGGGGGCGGCGGACGCGGCCCGGGGACUGCGGGUGGACGGGCUGCCCCCGCUGCCCAAGAGCCUGAGCGGGCUGCUGCACUCGGCGGCGGGCGGCGGCGCGGCGGGCGGCUGGCGGCACCUGGAGCGGCUCUACGCGCAGAAGUCGCGCAUCCAGGACGAGCUGAGCCGCGGGGGCGCGAGCGGCGGCGGGGCCCGGGCCGCGGGGCUACCCGCCAAGCCGCCCAACCUGGACGCCGCGCUGGCCCUGCUCCGCAAGGAGAUGGUCGGCCUGCGACAGCUGGACAUGUCCUUGCUCUGCCAACUCUACAGCCUCUACGAGUCCAUUCAGGAGUAUAAGGGGGCGUGCCAGGCUGCGUCCAGCCCGGACUGCACUUACGCCCUGGAGAACGGCUUCUUCGAUGAGGAGGAGGAGUAUUUCCCGGAGCACCACGCCCUCCACGAGGGGAGGGAACGGGGCCCCCCAAGGGACCUGUCUCUGCCUGUCUCCUCGAUCUCUGGCAGCGACUGGAUUCUGGAGUCCAUCUAGAGAGGGAUCUUAGCAGAGGCCGCUGCUGCCCACUGGACACACUCAGCCUCAGCUCCCCCUCUCAAAGAAAUCUCCUUCGCUCCUCCAUCGGGGGCAGUCGCCGGGUGCGAGAGGCCAGCGCUGCCAGCUUAAUUUGGAGGACCCCGUGGCAAUCUGUCGCCAGGGCUGGAGUCUCCGCCUGGGUGGCCUCGAGGUGCUCAGCGACACUACUGUGCAGAGACCCUCCUGCCCACGAGUCCUGUCCAUGCUGGGACCCUAACAGGAGGAUCCUGGGGCAAAGGCCCUCCCAAGGAUCUUUCCCCCAAGACGACUUUUGCCGGUUACUUCCUUGCAGGCAGUAGAUGGUUUGCUGCUGUAGGAACUGGCUCCAGGCUGCAGACUAGGAAAACUCCCACUUCGCGGCCCCCUUCCUUCUACAUCCGGCAGCCAUUCUUGCUUCCGUCUUGUGAGCGUUGAAGGCUCUUGGUUGGGCUUUCUUAAUUGCCAGCUGCAUGACUAAUGGUCCCAAUGACUCAGUGAAAGCUUUGUACCAAAAAAAAAAAAAAACAACCCAAAAAAACAAAACCAAAAAAAACCCCUAAACAUUUCAGGUCACACCAAUCAACACCAUUCUCUUCACCUGUCAAAAUCUGGAUCCUUCUUUGUCUAUCAUAUGGGGUGUCAUUCACUGUAAGAUGGCAAACUUUUUGUUCUGGAAGGUUCUCAGUGUGAACUAGUCUAUUAGAAAGCAAUCCUGCCUUUUCCACUCGACACAAUGAUCACCUUAAGCCUUAACAUAUUUAUUAAAAUCUUUUAUGAACGCUUUACACUUUGUAGGUUAAAAAUGAGGAUAAAAUGCUAACCCCCACCCCC